UAUAGAAUACUUCUGAAUUCUUGAAAGAUGAAUUAGUACAUAAAAUUCUAACUUCUAUUUUAGUCGAAAUUGCAAUGUCGUUUUUCUGGUUCAUGUAUUAUUGAUAUUUAUACACGUCGUCAAUGUACAUAUUGUCGAUUAAAAAAAUGUUUUGAUAUUAAAAUGCGUAAAGAUUGGAUUCGUACUGAUGAAGAAAAACAAAUAAGACAAUUCAUAAAAUUAACAAAAGAACAAAAGAACAUAAAUAAUCUAUCGAAUGAUCAACAAUCUCUUAUUAAUUUUCCAAUAAUUGUACGAAAGAAAAAACGUAAAAUAAUAAAAUCAAUAAAUCAAGAACUUGUUAUUAAACCGAUCCUAACACAAAUAUUUUUUGGUUUUAAUCGUAAUCUAUCUAAUAAUGAUCAAAUCCUAUUAAAUAAUAUUACAAAUGCUUAUCAAUUAAGAACUAAUGAUAUUGAUGAUUUUUAUUUAAAUAGAUCUAUAUCAUCUACAUCAAUAAUAAAAUUUUUUAAUGAAGAAAGUAUAAUGCAUGAAUCAUUAAUUUAUUUUUAUAAAUCAAUACCUGAAUUUAAACAAUUAGAUAUACAUGAUCAAGUUUUAUUAAUUAAAUCAAAUCUUAUUAAAAUUAUUCAUUUACAUUAUAUUCUUCAAGAAAAAUUUCAAGAAAAUCCAUAUAUUAGUUUAUAUAUGUCAAAAUGGAUAAAUAAAGAAUUUCAUUAUCAAAUGUCUCGUACACGUCGAUAUUUUGAUCGUUUUAUAGAACAUCCAUUAAUAUUAAAACUUGCACUUAUUGUUUUUUUAUUUAAUAUUAAUUUAUCUAUAUCAUAUAAUAAUCAUCAAUUUAAUGAUUAUAAUAAUAAAAUGAAUAUAUAUAAAAUUCAAGAAUUUUAUAUAAUUCUACUUUGGCGUUAUUUAAAUUAUUUAUUUAAAGAACAAGAAGCAAUAAAAUCAAUGGAAAUUAUAAUUACAAAAAUUUUACAUUUUCAAAAUUUAAUGAAUAUAAUGGAAGAAAAUAUAAGACAAGAAGUAGAUUGUAAUACACUUAAUCAAUUAAUGCAAUCUUUAUUUCAAUUAACAUAA